AUGGCCCGCCCCCUCCUCCUCCUCGAAGCCCUCUGCGCCCUAAUCUGGUUCGUCGAGUUCGCGACCUUCGCCCUGCUGUCGUGCUUCAUGUACCUGGAGGUCUCGCGGCGGAUUUACCGCGGCGCAAGCCCGAUGCCGGCGUUCCUAAUGGGGCUGUGUGUCGCGGCAUGGCUGGCGGUCGCCUCGGGCGUGGCUAGUAUGUCGGUCUUGGAGCUGCUGCCGGUGCCGGAGGGGGAUUUGGCUUGGGUGGAAGAGCUGUAUGUAUUAUAG